AGAAGUUAGACCUUAUAAAUCUAAUCCAUUCAAUAAUAUUUCCGGUUUUGUGUAGUUUCAAAAACGGAUAAGCAAGUAGACCUGUCCUACUAUAAACGUGUUAGUAAGAGUUUCAACAACAGACCACAUAAUCACAUAACAAUAAGUAAAGAAGACGAAUCGACACUCCCUCCCCUGUUAGUGUUGAACGAACAUGGCGAACGAGAACACUCUCCCUCUGUAUGAUAAAAUAUGGUUAAAGUACACAUUUUCAAGAGUCAUGGAUUCCUUCACUUUGUUCUUCCUCCUCUUGCUUCUUGGUUACCGUAUCUUCUAUGACAGAAAUUAUAGCAUCCCUUGUGUCCUUGCUAUGCUUUGUGAGUCAUGGUUCACCUUCACUUGGAUUCUCACCAUGAACACCAAAUGGUCUCCCGUUCGUACCAUAACUCACUUAGACCGUCUCAUGCUUCGAGUAUCGGAAUCCGAGCUUCCAGCAUUGGAUUUGUUUGUGACAACGGCAGAUCCAGUUCUAGAACCACCGAUAAUCACAGUGAACACAGUGUUGUCGUUAUUGGCACUUGAUUAUCCAGCUAACAAGCUAGCUUGCUAUGUUUCUGAUGAUGCAUGUUCAGUUCUUACCUUCUAUGCUCUUGUGGAAGCUACCAAAUUUGCUAAGCUUUGGGUACCUUUUUGUAAGAAAUACAAUGUUCAAAUUAGAGCACCUUUUAGGUAUUUCUUAGAUGAAGAUGAUGAUAGCAACAGAAAAGAGUUCCCAGAGUUUCAUCAAGACUGGCUUAGAAUGAAGGAGGAAUACUGUUAUCUGAAAGGUAAAAUAGAGAAUGCAGCACAAAAUUCAAUUCCUCUUGUAGAAGAGUUCGCUAUAUUCUCAAACACAGAUAAGAAAAAUCAUUCCGCCAUAAUCAAGGUAAUAUGGAAAAAUAAGGAAAAUCUUGAAGAUGGUUUGCCUCACUUAAUCUACAUAUCUAGAGAGAAAAUGCCUCAACAUCCACACCAAUACAAGGCUGGUGCUAUGAAUGUGCUAACAAGAGUUUCCGGAUUGAUGACAAAUGCUCCUUUCAUCUUGAACUUAGACUGCGACAUGCAUGUGAACAAUCCAAAGAUUGCUCUGCAUGCCAUGUGCAUUUUGUUAGAUUCAAAAGGAGAAAAGGAAGUUGCAUUUGUUCAAUGUCCCCAACAAUUCUAUGAUGGGCUAAAAGAUGAUCCUUUUGGAAAUCAGCUAGUGACAUUGUUUCUGUAUGUGGGAGGAGGAUAUGGAGGACUUCAAGGGAUUCUGUAUGCAGGAACAAAUUGCUUUCAUAGAAGAAAAGUAAUUUACGGCCUUUCUCCUGAUAAUGAUAUUCAAAUUGGAAAGAAAAAUGGAGGUGUUAUCAAUGAAAUGGAAGAGAUAUUUGGAACUUCAAAGAGUUUUCUUGAAUCGGCUACUUAUGCUUUAGAAGGGAAAAUAUUAAAUCUCAAUUAUAACCUUUGCAACUCUCUUGAGGAUGCAACAAAGGUUGCUAGUUGCAGAUUUGAACAAGACACUGCCUGGGGCAAACAGGUGGGUUGGUUAUAUGGAUCAACGUCAGAAGAUGUACUUACUGGAUUGAACAUUCAUAUAAAAGGUUGGAGAUCUGAAUUAUGUUCACCCGACCCGAUUGCCUUUAAGGGUUGUUCGCCUCAAGAUAACAUAAUAAAUAUGAUCCAACAAAAAAGAUGGGCUUCAGGAAUGUUUGAUAUUCUGGUCAGCAAUAACAAUCCAAUUUUGGGCUUUUUUUAUGGGAAACUUCAAUUUAGACAGGCUUUGGGGUAUUUUUGGAUCUUGAGUUGGGCCUUAAGAUCCGUUCCUGAAAUUUGUUAUGCUUCUCUACCUGCCUACUGCAUUCUCACUAACUCUACUUUCUUGCCUCAGAAGCUUUGGUUACAUGCUUCUUUGUUUGUGAAUUACAACAUAUCUACUUUAUCAGAAGGCUUAAAAACAGGAUUGUCUAUUAGAACAUGGUGGAAUAAUCAGAGGAUGAUAAGAAUUACAACCAUGAGUGCUUGGUUUUAUGGAUUUUUGGCUAUCAUACUUAAGCGAUUACGAAUAUCUGAACCUGUUUUUGAAAUAACAAAGAAAAACGAAUCAUCUUCUUAUGAUGGAAGAUUUAGUUUCAACGAGUCUCCGAUAUUUCUACCUAGUACAACUAUAUUGUUUGUCCAACUUAUGGCAUUAUUUACGAGCUUAUUUGGAUGGGAACCACGUGUUAGAAAUGGGCUUGGAUAUGGUUAUGGAGAAGUGAUUUGUAGUGCUUAUUUGGUUGCAUGCUAUUGGCCAUUUUUGAAAGGGUUGUUUGGAAUUGGAAAUCAUGGCAUCCCGUUAUCUACAAUAUUCAAAUCAACGAUGUUGUCUUUACUUUUUGUGUAUUUAUGUAAACUUUCUAUUAUAGUGUGAUCAAAUUCAUAUAGGUAUGCUAAAUGUGCUAUGUGCUAUUUCUUUGCAUUGACUUUACAUAUUGAAAUAAAUUCCUUGUAAAAUGGAAGAACAUUUAAAUAACUUAUAAAGUGUUUAUGUAAAUAAGAUGUGCAGUAUGGGGUAUA